GGAGUUGCGUGCGCGCACCCAUAGUCAGGGUCGGGUUGACCGCGAGGAAGUGCCGUGGACGAUCGUCGGCGCCGUCUUGAGUGUUGCUCCGUGGGCAGAACCAAAUAAAGACUUAUCAAAUUCAAAUCAACCACGUCCAGCCCUUUCUUCCAUAACCUGCUCGGAGACGUGAACUGCGGGAGGUUGCAGUGAACAGCAUUUUGUGAAGGAGCGUUCUUUCCCUGAGGUCUGGCUUUGCUGUGAUCGGCAGGAGAAUGGCGGCUGAGGUGAACGGUAACUCAGCUCCCGUGAAGGAGGACGAGGAGCCUAUGGACAUCACUGUCACACACACGGAGAACUACCAGACGCUCCUGGCCGCCGGCCUCCCGCAGAAAGUCGCAGAGAGCCUGGACAACAUCUUUCAGACAGGCCUUGUGGCUUAUGCUGACCUGGACGAGAGGGCCAUUGAUGCUCUGAGGGAGUUCAAUGAAGAAGGGGCGCUGUCUGUUCUGCAGCAGUUCAAGGAGAGCGAUCUGUCCCAUGUGCAGAACAAAAGUGCAUUUCUCUGUGGGGUCAUGAAGACUUACAGGCAGAGGGAGAAGCAGGGCAGCAAAGUGCAGGAAUCCACCAAGGGGCCAGACGAGUCCAAGAUCAAGGCUCUCCUGGAGAGGACAGGCUAUACCCUAGAUGUCACGACUGGUCAGAGGAAGUAUGGAGGCCCCCCUCCUGAGGAGGUGUAUUCUGGGUCUCAGCCAGGAGUUGGGACAGAGGUGUUUGUGGGCAAGAUCCCCAGGGACCUGUAUGAGGAUGAGCUGGUACCGCUGUUUGAGAAGGCAGGCCCAAUCUGGGACCUGCGGCUGAUGAUGGACCCGCUGUCGGGCCAGAAUCGAGGUUAUGCUUUCAUCACCUUCUGCAACAAGGAGGCGGCGCAGGAGGCCGUAAAGCUAUGUGAUAACUACGAGAUCCGGUCCGGCAAAUACCUUGGAGUCUGCAUUUCCGUAGCGAACAACCGGCUGUUUGUGGGCUCAAUUCCGAAGAACAAGACCAGGGAAAGCAUCUUGGAGGACUUCAGCAAAGUGACAGAGGGCCUGGUGGAGGUCAUCCUGUACCACCAGCCAGACGACAAGAAGAAGAACCGCGGCUUCUGCUUCCUGGAGUAUGAAGACCACAAAUCAGCGGCACAGGCCCGUCGCCGGCUGAUGAGUGGGAAGGUGAAGGUGUGGGGCAACCCAGUCACUGUGGAGUGGGCCGACCCGGUCGAGGAGCCCGACCCAGAGGUCAUGGCCAAGGUCAAGGUGCUGUUUGUGAGAAACCUUGCCACGCCUGUCACAGAGGAGCUCCUGGAGAAGACCUUCUCCCAGUUCGGGAAGCUGGAAAGGGUGAAGAAACUAAAGGACUACGCCUUUGUCCACUUUGAGGACAGGGACGCUGCCGUCAAGGCCAUGCAGGAGAUGAAUGGCAAAGAGCUGGAGGGGGAGGAGAUUGAAAUCGUCCUGGCGAAGCCACCAGAUAAGAAGAGGAAAGAGCGGCAGGCGCAGAGGCAGACCACCAGGAACACGGGGUAUGAUGACUAUUACUACUACCCACCUCCCCGCAUGCCGCCACCCGUCCGAGGCCGGGGCCGAGGAGGGAGGGGGGGCUAUGCCUACCCCCCCGACUACUACGGAUACGAGGAGUACUAUGACGACUACUAUGGCUACGACUACCACGAUUACAGGGGUGGCUAUGAGGAUCCGUACUAUGGCUACGACGACGGCUAUGCUGUGAGAGGGAGGGGCGGACGUGGCAGCCGCGGCGUCCCGCCUCCACCCAGGGGCAGAGGAGCUCCGCCUCCUCGUGGCCGUGGCGGCUAUGCCCAGCGGGGGGCGCCCAUGGGUGCACCACGGGGCAGCCGAGGGGGACGGGGCGGCCCGUCCCAGCAGCAACGGGGUCGUGGCGCUCGUGGCGCCAGGGGAAACCGUGGGGGCAACGUGGGCGGGAAGAGGAAGGCCGACGGCUACAACCAGCCAGACUCCAAGCGGCGGCAGACCAACAACCAGCAGAACUGGGGGUCCCAGCCCAUCGCCCAGCAGCCCCUGCAGCAAGGUGGCGACUAUUCCGGUGAAGACGCGAGAGGGGCAGCGAUUGCGUGAGUGAGGAACACAUCUAUCUCUGCUGUGUUCUUCCCAAAAAGGGCCCGUGUGAGGAGGCCCCCGCCCCUGUCUUGUCACGAUCUGGACUUGGUAGGUGGGGCUUCGAGACGAGGCAAAGAUGAGGAUUUCUGGGUAAGGACACCCCCCUCCAUCACUUCACCUUUUAUUUGUUGCUAUAUUGUUCUCAGGAUUGAAAAAGUUUGAGUUUCCGAUAAAGGGGCCAUUUGAAAUAGAGGGUCUUUUGAGUGUGUGAGGUAAAUGGUUUUGUUUGUGCGAGACUUGAAAAUGUCCCAUGGGUAAUAGGAGGCUGUAAUGGUAUGCGUGAAAGGAGGGGGGGAGGCUCGAAGAACAUUCCAGAGCUGCUGUGGGCUUCGGAAAGGGGGGCACCUGAGAGGCCGAGCCCAGGCCAGGCAACCUAUGGCAGGCAGAGCGACCCCAACAUAUGUGGAUGUCACCAAGCUGCCUUUGACGUGCGUUUCGGGCACCGAAACCCAGGACACUGCUGCAGGACACCAGGACUGACGGGAGCGAGCGAGGCUGUGGCAGGUAACACCGUCAGUCCUCAUCUCAUGCAUAUUCAGCAUCUCUCAGGGUUCCCCUCUCUUUUUGGCAUUUUGAAUUCAAAACCAACUCCCCCUUCCUGUCAGCGGCCCCCAUGCCUGCUGUGGCUAACAGGAUUACAGAGGUUGUGGGCCCCCCGUGUUGGUGUCCUGCCUGCAGGCCUACCCCAGCACCCCAACUGAGUCCCAGACUGCAUCAGGUGGGCUCACAGGAGCUGAAGUAGGUUAGGGGUGCCUGUUCCCCUCUGCCUGCAUUGGAACAUGAGUGGUGAGCUCCAAGUCUGCAAGAGGACCUCCUUCCACGGUUACCUGAUUCUGCAGUGGGCAUAUUCGCUUCGACCGCAUCUCUUGGCUGCCUGCCUGGAUAUUGUUGCCCCCCCCCCCCCCCCCAGUGUUUGAAGGCCACGUGGUCAUGUUUUCAUCUUUCAGACCUCUGUGUUUUACUGGAAUGAAUCUGCCAAAUCAAGGAUGUCCUACAACUUUCACACACACCAGCAGCUGUAUGUGAACAUGUGGAGUUACCUCCAGAGUAAUUUUAAUAGCUUGCUUGACACUGGUCUGUAAACCAGGAAGACAUCAGUCUGCUCUGCGGGCCAGCCCAUCACAGGGCGCACACACACCAUUCACUCUCACAUGCAUUCCUACGGGCAAUUUAGCAAGUCCAAUUACCCUCAGCUUGUUUUUGGACUGUGGGGGGGAAACUGGAGUACCCGGAGGAAACCCCACGACGACAUGGGGAGAACAUGCAAACUCCGUACACAUGUGACCCAGGCGGAGACUCGAACCCGGGUCCCAGAGGUGCUAACCACUGCACCACCAUGCCGCCCCCAUAUGACUUAUUCAAAUGUUAUAAAUGAACAUGUGGGUCAGUUCUGCUAACGGCCGGAUCUGCUGUAUUUCCCAUUUACUCUACUGCACUACAAAUAAACACCAGAGUUCCAACAGGGCAGAUUCAUUUUUUCUUGUAGAAAUUUCAAGUUGUGUGAAUUUAUCAUUGGAACAAAUGGAAUUACAACAGGCGAUGCACCACUUUCACCCAUUUGCUUUUAAAUGUAACACUUUUUUACUGUAUUGCCGGUUGUUAAGAAUGCAUAUACACAAUAAUAAUUGGUUUAACAACCAAUCUUUGUCUCUUGACUGUGGCUGGCUACUACCCUAUCAGGUCGUCAUUGCUAAGGGUUAUGAUCCCGCUGUGUUUACUCUGGGGUUUGGGAGGGAUUUCUGCACCAUCCUGUCACACUUCCAAAUGCAGUUCAUUUGUCACUUGCAUCGCACCAGCACUAGAGGGCAUUGUAACACUUCACACGGUUUGCCUGAGGCCCAAGCAUGGUUUAGUCUUUUUUCCUUGUAAUUUCUUUAGUUUCCUUAGAUUUAAUAAACGAUUUGCUAAUUAAGAGGUGGGCAGUUGGCAGUGUGCCACAUCUAACCAGAAACACCCUGAUAGGUCCAUUUCUGAAACUCACUUUUUCUUAGUGUUAAAGAAGGAACAUGUGGUGAUCAUUUAGUCACUUGGGGAUUUUACGAAUCUCAUUUUAAGGAUUCUCCCUUAAAGAUUUGCAAGGUCAUGUCAAUGGGCAAUCAAAGCAGGGGUGGCCAAUCUUAUCCGCAAAGGGCCAGCGUGGAUGCAGGUUUUCACUGCAGCUCCCUAAUUAGGUCACUAAUUAGAGGACUGAUUGGCUGAAGAUUCCUCACACCUGGGUUUGACCAGCUGACCUAAAGUUUGUCCCAGAAACCUGCAUGCACACCUGCCCUUUGCGGAUAAGAUUGGCUACCCCAGGCGUUUAGGCAGAGAGGAUGUGCUGCUUACAGGAAGCUUUACAGGGGUGUAUGGGACAAUGGGCAACGUUAAACCGGAAGAUAACUAGGGCCAGCAGAGGAUGUUUGUUCAGGGAGGGGAUCAUAAUUUUGAGUCAGCGACCUCAUCAUUAGCUAUUCAUAUUUGUGACAAUGGGAGAGAGAUUAUUAUUUUAAGGUUAGCAAACGUGUUACUGUGUUAUCUCCCAGGUAAGGCGGUGAGUUGUGCCGUCAAAGUGCCGAAAUGCUUCUGAUGUGGUUGGUCAUACUGUGGUCACUUUAUUUUCCUCUCCUUUUGGAGGGAUGCCAGUGAAGGUGGAGUCACUCACCAAGAUGCCUGUUCCCUGGCCCUUUUCCAAAGAUGGAGUUAAAAGUGGAGAGGUUGUUUCUUGAAAGGACCUGCAUUGUGAUUCUGAAGGAGUCACGCUUUUGGUCAAACCUGUUUCAGAAGCCAUCUAUUCUUAUUCUGGGGCUGAGAAGAGGGGAAGAUAAAAGCGAGAGAUCUGCCGGUGGGGGCCGUGUUCCUGACAUGGUGACGAGUGACUCAGUGGUGUGAACCUCCUUACCUGCGGAAAAGCAGGUGAAAACAACACAGACCUGGAAAUCGAAUGGACUUAAUAAGACUGAAGGAGAGCAGGAAAUGAAAGACAUUACUGCCACACAGCGCAGAAAACGAGCGCUUUGCUGGUGUUGCACGCGGCCCGCUGGACGGGGCAGCUUCAGCCAGGAGCCGUGACUUUGGGGGGGGGGGGUGACAGGUGUUCGUGUCUUUUUUCCCCUCAGGAUCAAGGCUUGCCAGCAGCCAUGUGUCUGUCAUUCAUCCCCCCCCCACGCCCCCCAUUUUGUGCCUCAUUUUGUGGGUUGUGAUGGCUGAAUGGACAGUCAGUCUCCAUGCUUCUGGUUUCCAGUGAACCCAGUUCCUCUGGCUGCGCGGAGCAGGACCAACACUGAUUCAAGGCAAGAAGAUGAACAUUUUUGAAUUUGGACUUCCUGAAUGUGGACCCCAUGCAGUGCAAAGCCUUCAGUGACCACAAACACUAGCACAUCAGCCCCCUGCUCAGGAGGACCAUGAAGCCCUGAGAUCAUGCAGGGAGUGUGUCUGGUCAUCCUGAUUAAACACCGGAGGCCAGCUGCGAGGACACUGCCCUACUUUCGCAGAAGGUGUGGAGAACAUUCUGGAUAUCAGACCUUAUUCAGCACUCCUCUCCCAACCCAAAAGUUGGCUUCAAGAUGUUUCGGUAUAUUUUUGUGUGUGCAUAUGCACGUUUGUGAGUGUGUGUGUUCAUGCUCGUUAAUUUAAAUCCAUGUCUAGUAAAAUAAGAACUUGGAUGUAUAAUGAAUUGCGAGCCUCAGGUGAGGCAGCAGUCACUCCAUGUUUGUGCUGCAGAAGCUUCAUUAAAGCUUUAGCUUGGUGGGGCCCCCAUCAGGCUUCGCUGCCAA